AUGUCAAAUAUCUUCAAAACAUACUCUCUACCCGAAGGAACUGAAUUAUCCUUCACAGAUAGUGGAGCACCCCUCAACUCUGAUGACUACACCACUGUUCUUAUUAUACAUGGCUCAGCAUUUAAUGCAUACCAAUUUCACAAGCUGCAUUUGUUUGGCCAAGCCCUCAAUCUCCGCACAGUCCUUUUUCAUCGAAGGAAUUAUGUAGGAUCUACACCCUAUACCUCUGCAGAAGUUCAGGAGAUUGAACAAGGGAGUCAGACAUUUUGGGAACGAUUGAGUGCUCAGCUUGCUCAAUUUUUGAAGAUUUUCAUUGAGCAAGAACAAAUUCCCAAGUUGAAGAUGAAAUUGUCAUCCAGCAUGUCUGGGGGUAUAGCCAUCAUGGGCUGGUCCGCUGGAUGCCAGAUGAUUUUUUCAAUUUUUGGAGCAGCUCAUAAUCCAAUGAUUGCUAAUGAGGAAUAUGCAUUGUUGCAACAGUACAUUGGGAAGUUUAUGCUCUAUGACCCGCCUCAUGUUGCUUUUGGGUAUCCAGUACCAUUCGACAACAAAAACUAUGUUCCUUGGGAGGACACCAGCCUCAAACCUGAAGAUAUCCCGGUUGCCUUUUCAGAAUGGGUCAGCUCAUACUAUGAUCAUCCAUGCUAUGACUUUGCCACUCGAAGUUUACCAUCAUCAGCUACUAUCCAUGAUUUGAAUGGUAUUCCUAAAAAAACCAGGAGAACCUCUGUAUAUGAUUGGUCUGAGGAAGAUAAGGCAAAGGGGAUUGAAAUGGAGGCCAUGAAAUCAGAGGUAUUGACGUAA